AUGCUCCUGCCGCCUGCUUCAGCAUCAGCAAACAGCAGCGACGCGUUCAGAGGUGUAUCCACGCAGAGCGCAUCACACCGGAGCAGAGGGGUCACUCUCAGUGCUAUAUCCAUCCAGCAAACACCUGAGGCGGGUUACACGAGCUCAGUGAUGGAGAGUCUGCUAGAUAACCCCAUGAAAGCCGUGCUCUACCUGAAGGAGCUCACCACGAUCGUGCAGAACCAGCAGAGCCUCAUCCAGACGCAGCGCCAGCGCAUCGACGAGCUCGAGCGAAAGGUGGAAGAUCUGAUCGGAGAGAACCGUCAUCUGCGGGACCCUCACCCUUACGUGCCCCAGCCCCAGCAGCAACCUCCAGCGCCAACCCCGCACCAACAUCACCACCUACACCACCACCAUCCCGCGACCACCACCAGCACCUCUCACCGCAACGCGAGUCCCCAGGCUGCAUCGGGGCAGCAACAGCAGCAGCAGCAGCAGCAGCAGCACACGGCCGGGGCUAAAGCCUCCUCCACUCACUCUCAUCAGCAUCAUCAUCCUGCUCAGACCGCCCCGGCCGCUGCGCCCCCCGCCUCCCAUCAUCACCCUCAGCAGCUACAGCUCGUGCCAACCUCGCCCCAGUCGCCCAAAGGAAUCCAGGCCAGUCCCGAGACCAACGAGGAGGACAAGAGGAGCCCGUGCUGCAAGUCCCUGGUGCCGCAGACCCCCAGCACGCUCUGCCGCUCGGUGGGAAUAGCGCGAAAAGCAGAAAACCAAACGGUGCUGCACCAGUUCUGCUGUCCUGCCCCUGAUGCUCCAGAGGCGGAGAGCUCCACUGCCUGUGUCCCCAGCGAUGACCAAUCUCCAGCGCCAUCUGGUGGGGAGGAGGGCAAGGGAGGCGAAGGCGAGGGGCAGAAGGUUGAUCUCCAGGCAGAAAUUCAACCAGAACCUCCCCAACCAGAAGUCUCGCCGCAAGAAGACACACCAACUCCGCCAGCGCAGCAGAGCAAAGCAGAGAUCCAACCACAAACCCAAGAAGAACCAAAGCCCCCACCAGAGCCACACCCAACACCUCCUCCCACCCCCGAAGAGCCUGAAUCUGAGCCCGAACCCGAACUAGAAUCUGUCCCGCAAGUUCAGAUCCCAAGCCCGAUAGAACCGCCGCAAGAAUUGCCGCAAGAGCCUGUGCAGGAGCCCGCGCCUGCUGAAGAAGACAAAAAAACUGAAGGAGUGGUAGAAGAAGUGGUGGAAGAGGUUGCAGAGGUUGUGACGAAGCAAGAGGAACCCAAACCGGUUGAAGAGGAGGUUGAUGAUGAAGCAGGUGGAGGGAAAGGUGGGAUGGCGGGGAGGAGAGCCAGCCUGCACCACACGGCGUCGCCUCUCAGGGUACAGCGAAACGGGGCCGGAGCGCAUCCCAAAACCUCCGACUAUGAGCUCUCACUUGACCUCAAAAAUAAGCAGAUCGAAAUGUUAGAGCAGAAGUACGGCGGGCACUUCAUCUCACGCCGUGCUGCCUGCAAGAUCCAGACCGCCUUCCGCCAGUACCAGCUCAGCAAGAACUUUGAAAAGAUCCGCAACUCCCUCCUGGAGAGCAGACUGCCCAGGCGAAUAUCCAUGCGCAAAGUCCGAGUCCCAAACACCGAGGGCUUCUCUGCUGAACGCGCCCUGGCUGAAGGCUGUAACCUGGCAGGCAUUCCUCUAGUGCGCUCCCCGUCGCUGCCCGCCACGGUGGGGGGCACACUGACUGACCUGGAAGACUCCUUCACAGAGCAAGUCCAGUCCCUGGCCAAGUCUAUAGAUGACGCUCUGAGUAACUGGAGCCUCAAGACAAUGUGCUCUUUGCAAGAAGGAGCCGGGUAUCAAUUUACAACGGAUGCAACAGGCGGAGGAGAAGGUGGUGGCGGCGAGUCACAAGGUCCCACCAAUCCGAGCGAGCUGUCGAGAAGCGCGAGCAAGCUGAUGAUGGCAAUAAGAGACGUGACGGUUCAGAUUGACAGUCAGAAUAUCACAGUUUCGUCGUCCGUGGUCGAGACGUCGGCUUCGGUAAACCUCACCAGCUGCACACAACAACAACCACAAGCUACUUCAACAGCCAUGCCAGCUUCGCCUCAAGAAAAACCUCCUCCUCCCCUGCCUGCAGAAGUGAAAACGACUGUCCCGGCACCCUUGCCCCAAGAACCUCCACCCCCUCCCCCUGAAACAGAAAUAGCCGAUAUCGGCGAACAAGACGUGGAGUUCCCCGCUCCACCGCCCAGCGAAGAAGAGCUGGAGCAACCGCCCCUCACGCCUCUAGAUAAAAUCCCUCCAGCUGAUGAAAUCCCAGUCCCACCUCCACCACCCCCCACACAGCCUCCUCCAAGUACAAGCGCGCACCUGCAGGCCGUCCCAGGGCACUCUCCCGCCAUGGAGACGCUGGGGGUGCAGAGGUGCAGCUCAGAGAUGGCUGAUAACAGUUCAGAGCAGAUGAGCAGCAGCAGCGCGUCCACAGAAGCGCGCUCCACGUCCGAGGCUUCAUCCAAAGAGGCGCUGCAGGCCAUGAUCUUGAGUCUGCCCCGUUACCACUGUGAGAACCCCACCAGCUGCAAGUCGCCCACGUUGUCCACCGACAUCAUGAGGAAGCGCCUGUAUCGCAUCGGGCUCAACCUCUUCAAUGUAAACCCAGACAAAGGGCUGCAGUUUCUGAUUUCCAGAGGCUUCAUCCCGGACACUCCAAUCGGUGUGGCUCACUUCCUGCUGCAGAGGAAGGGCCUCAGCCGACAGAUGAUUGGGGAGUUCUUGGGAAACAGCAAGAAGCCCUUCAACAGAGAUGUGCUUGACUGUGUCGUGGAUGAAAUGGACUUCUCGGGCAUGGAGCUGGAUGAAGCGCUGAGGAAAUUUCAGGCUCACAUUCGAGUUCAAGGAGAAGCUCAGAAGGUGGAACGGUUGAUUGAGGCCUUCAGCCAGCGCUACUGCAUGUGUAACCCAGACAUCGUGCAGCAGUUUCACAACCCGGACACCAUCUUCAUCCUGGCCUUCGCCAUCAUCCUCCUCAACACCGACAUGUACAGCCCCAACAUCAAACCCGACCGCAAGAUGCUGCUGGAGGAUUUUAUACGCAACUUACGAGGUGUGGACGACGGGGCAGACAUCCCCAGAGACAUGGUGGUGGGAAUCUAUGAGCGCAUCCAGCUGAGGGAGUUACGAUCCAACGAGGACCACGUCACCUACGUCUCCAAAGUGGAGCUGUCCAUAGUGGGCAUGAAAACGGUGCUGUCUGUGCCGCACCGCAGACUGGUGUGCUGCAGUCGUCUGUUUGAGGUGACAGAUGUCAGCAAACCCCAGAAACAAGCGGCACACCAGAGAGAAGUCUUCCUCUUCAACGAUCUAAUUGUGAUUUUGAAGUUAUGCCCAAAAAAGAAGAGCUCUGCCGCAUAUACUUUUUGCAAAGCUAUGGGCCUACUUGGCAUGCAGUUCCAUCUAUUUGAAAAUGAAUAUUACCCUCAUGGCAUCACUAUUCUUUCACCGUUUGGUUCAGACAAGAAGCAGGUCUUUAACUUCUGUGCGCAGAGUGCGGAGGAGCUGCUCAAAUUUGUUGAAGAUCUAAAAGAGUCCAUUGCAGAGGUGUCGGAGAUGGAGCAGAUACGUAUCGAAUGGGAACUAGAAAAACAGCAGGGGGCAAAGGCGCACUGUGUGAAGAAUGGAACGCAGCUCGAGCUCCGUGGAAAACAAGCCUCUCCAUCAGCACAGCGGGAGGUAGAUGACAGAAGUGGACUCAAUGCGAUGGAGGUGUCAAUUCACAACAGGCUUCAGACGUACCAGCUCAGCAGCAGCAGCAGCACGGCUCGGAUCCCAGAGAGCGGGGCCCUUCUUAACCAGCAGGGGAGGCUGCUCUUCCAGCAGGGCCUCAGUCAGCGGCAGCAUCAGCUGCAGUCUGCGACCAGCACCCCCAGUCACUCAGUCCCCCUGCAGCACCAGGCCGCCGUCAGCCUGGUGGACUUGCGGCCCGACGCGCUCCACCAGUGUCAGCAGUUCCUCAAAGUCUUCAUGCUGGACAACAGUGGACACAGCCGCGUGGAGGCGUUCUUCAGCCAGUCUCCCACACACCACCACUACCAGCACCAGCUCAGCCAGUCCGCCAUGUCCACCCCAAUGCGCUCCCCUGAUGGAGGGCACCAGCCGCCUUUGCCUCCGCCUCCCCCGCCCUACAACCACCCUCACCAGUUCAUGCCCCCAGACCCACGCCUCAGUUUGCACCGGACCCCCAGCGGCUCGCGGAGUAUGGUGUAA